GAUGGAAAAACUAGAUUUAAAAGUUCAGAGCAGCCAAGCCAAGUCCAUUGGCACCAUAGUAUCGAUCGUAGGGGCAUACAUUGUGAUCUUUUACCAAGGGCCGCCAAUCAUGUUCUCUCAAUCUCUUCCCAUCCUUCACUCGCCCUCUGAAUCGCCACUAUCAAAUUGGAUCAUCGGGGGCUUUCUCCUUGCAACAUCUAGCUUUGUGAUUUCAGUACUAUACAUUGUUCAGACGUGGAUAAUUAAGGACUACCCUGCAGAGAUGGUGGUAACACUUAUUGCGUGUAUCUUUGUGGCAAUCCUAUCGGCUAUAAUCGCUUUGAUUGUAGAAAGUGAUCCAAAAGCUUGGACACUAAGACCUGAUGUGGAGUUGGUAACUAUUGUCUACUCGGCAUUUCUUAUGGUUACAAUUCGGAGCGUGAUUCAUGCAUGGGCUUGUCGCACAAAGGGUCCUGUCUUUGUUACGACGUUUAGACCACUGGGGAUGGUCUUUGCAGUUUUCAUGGGAGUUACCUUUUUAAAGGAUACUCUCCAUGUUGGAAGUGUAAUUGGAGCAAUCAUAAUAGCUCUUGGUCUCUAUUCUGUGAUGUGGGGAAAAGCCAAAGAAGUUGAGAUUAUCGAAAACAGCUUUAUCUGUAGGAUUAAUUCAUCUUCCGAAGAAGUUCCUCUCUUGCAAAAUAAAAGCAUAGACGUAUAGAAAUAAUUGUACAUAGUGGGGGUGUUUAGCGUGGAUUAUAGGGGGGUGAUUAUAGUUUAUUUUAAUUUUGAAAUCUGUGUCAGAUUGUUUGGUGCAAUUUCUGCUUAUAGCUUUUUAGACAGAAAUAGCUUAAAUAAGCGAAAAGCUGAUUAUUUAGAAACUGUGGAAGGGAUGAUUUUGAUUUCUGUUUUCUGAUUAUCAACUUUUAACUUACAAUAAACUGCACUAACCACCACCACCAGUAUAAAAUGUUUAUGAGU